GUUGCGGAGGCGGCGCCGGCGCCCGAAGCGAGUGGCUUCUAUGCUGGUGUCGGCCGCCUCUCCACCGGCCGGAAGCUGGUGCCCUGGUCGAACUGGGAAGAAUGGCGCUUCGUGCGCGACGGCCUUUUCUCCCCCUUCCCCGCCGCCGCUCUUCGCAGGAUUGCGGCGUGGCGGAGCAGGGGCUCCGUCCUGAUCCCCGUGGACGUUACCGCCGCCUUCGUCGAGAUACGGCUGCGGGAUCCCUUCUUCCGGAGCGGAUUGGCUGGUGAUGAUGCGAUGGAGUCAGAGGAGAUGCUCGCGAUGCUGUACAGUAUGGCAAUCAUGAGGCUUGUAAAUGGUUUUGUGGAGAAUCAACAUAAGAAAACUGGCCGUUCCAUAUCUGAACUAGCUGAGGCUGUUGGAAUACCACGAAUUCUGGUGAACAUUCGCCAUGAAAGUUCCCAUCGCAACCUUCCCUCCUUGCCACUGUUACGCCUGGCAUGUAUUAAGGCAUUUGAUUGGUUGAAGUGUAUUUACUGGGAUCGCCAGACUAAUUCAAUUCCUGAUGUUGAAGUGGAACUGGGGCCGAGAUUGCAUGAGAUUGCUUCCUUUCUGAAGGAGAACGAUUCAAAAGAAUCAAAAUCAGGUUCCAAAAGGAAACGUUCUGAGAAACUGAUAGUCAAAGCGAUAAAGUACACUCGUCGGCUAUACUAUGCUUGUCCCUUUGAGGUUGUCUCUGGUCUACUGGAUCUUAUGCAACUGGAUGCUCCAGAGUCCCCUGAAAGCAGUGACAUGAAAGAAAUUCAUAGUUUGGGUGUUUAUCACUCAUCUGACACUCAAAUGUCAAACAGUGAUAUGAAAACUAUCAUAAUGAAACUUUCAGAGAAAGAACCAAGAUUGUUGCUAAGUGUACUGAAGUCAGUAAUUGAAAUGAUCAAAGCCAAGGAAGAACUUAAAAAAAAGGUGAAUCUUAUGCUUUUCUACCAGUUGGGCCAUCUAAAUUGAAAAAGGCUAUGUUCCUUGGUUCUAUGGCUUGUCACAAGCAUAAAAGAGCUUAAGGAUUCAGGCUGCAUUGGGCUUGUUCAUGAGAUAGGAGUACUUUCUUCAGACAAGAAUGCAGUUCCUUGUUUUUGCCUCGCAAAACUUCUACGGAAGUUACUGA